CCGAGGAAGGGUGGACAUGGCCAGGCACCCCGCUGGGAGCCCUCCCCUUUCACGCAGGGCGCGUCACUGAGGCCGAGUGGCUGCCUUCCGCUGGAGGAGUCGGGCUCCUUUGCCGGAGGAGGCUGGCCAUGGCUCAGGUGGAGGGCGCGUUGAGCCCCAGAGGCCGGUGAGUCCGCCGGGGAGGAUGGGGAGGCGGGGGCCCCUGCCCGCCCUGCUCUUGGCCUGGGCUCUGCUGCUGCUGCUGCUGCUGGGGGGGAGCCCACGGGCCCGCUGCCACGAAGCCCAGACCCCCGACUGGAGGAUGACGCUGAAGACCAUCCGGAACGGCGUCCACAAGAUCGACACUUACCUGAAUGCCGCCUUGGACCUCCUGGGAGGAGAGGAUGGGCUUUGCCGGUACAAGUGCAGCGAUGGAUAUAAACCUUUUCCCCGUUAUGGCUAUAAACCUCAACCACCAAAUGGAUGUGGGUCUCCCCUCUUUGGAGUUCAUUUUGAUAUAGGCAUUCCCUCCAUGACAAAAUGCUGCAAUCAACACGACAGGUGCUAUGAUACCUGUGGCAACAAAAAACAUGAUUGUGAUGAGGAAUUUCAAUACUGCCUUUCAAAGAUCUGUAGAGAUGUACAGAAGACACUAGGAAUUCCAGAGAGUGUACGAGCUUGUGAAUCAACAGUGCAACUAGUGUUUGAUGCUGUCAUACAUUUAGGAUGCAAACCAUACCUUGACAGUCAAAGAGCUGCAUGUAUGUGUCGGUAUGAAGACAAGAGAGAACUUUAAAGACAAUAAUGACUUUCUCCAGUUUAUACUGAUGUGUCCGGAUUAUGAGAGCCUUCUCUUUUUUUGUUACAAAGCUGUUCAAAAUACGGUGGAUGUGAAGAUGAUCUACUACUGCAGAAAAUACAUACUUUUUUAAAAAAGGUUUUGUAUAGCACUUGCUCUUUUCAUCAACUUUGCAUACGUCUUUUGCAAAUAUCUUUUGCAAAAAUCUUUUGAAGAUGACAGUUAACAAAUAUUGAUAUAUGAUAAUGAAUAAGCGCUGCAUUAAAUCUGUGCCAUUUUGGUAGCAUUAAAAGUAGGUCAAACUUUGCUCUUACCAGCAAUUGACAUUUCCUCUGUGCCAUGUUGUAUGGUAGACAUUUCUUUGAAUAAUCUCUCUGUUAUAUGCUGUGAUAUUUAAUUACAAAUAAUUGCUAAUGUGUCUAUUGCAGACAUGGGCAAACUAAGGUCCUGGAGCUGUAUGCGGCCCCCUGGGUGCUUACCUCAGACCUUCCUCGUUUCCCCUGUCCUUUCGGCAUAAGGACAUGGUGGCCCACCAUAUCCUUAUGCAGAAAGGAUGGGGGAGGAAGACACACAGCAGCUGAGAGCCCUGUGGAGCGCUCUCAGCCACUGCAUGUCUUGCCCUCCUCCCAGUAUAAGGACGGUGUGAGCAACCCUGUCAUUAUGCUGAGAGGAUGGCCCGAGAAAGGCACGCAGUGCCUAAGAGCCCUCUGGAACGCUCUCAACCAUUGCCUAUCUUGCCCUCCUCCCAGCAUAAUGCCAAGAGGACAGCCCAAAGAUCGGGGGAGGAGGAUCACAGCAGUUGCCCUUCCAACAUAAGGAUGGAGCGAGCAGCCCCGACCUUAUGCCAGGAACCUUCCCUGCCUCCUACCAGCCCCGUCUUUUCCCAGACUUUCCUCCUCCCGGACCCAUCCCACCUAGCACAUGCAUGGUCGCCCUCUUUCUCAGCUCGGUCUGGUCCUCUCAGCUGGGCCCACAAUGUGGCCCCAAAGCAAAAACGUUUGCCCAUGUCUGGUCUAGUGGGACCAUCUCCUUUGUAAGUUUGUAUGGGACUGCAGCCUUCUGUGGUAAUCCUAUACAGGCUUACCUGGGAGUAGACCCCAUUAACUGAACAGAUUUUACUGGGAACAUACUGGGAACUAUCCUGCUUGUUUCACAACACUCUAAUAGACUUGGCUUGAUAUAUAGCCCUAACAUUUUUGUCACAAUUAAAGUAAGUCCAUUUAAUGAAUGCAACUUGUAUAACCAUUGACUUAUGUAGCUCCAUUGAUUUAAAAAGUGUACUCUAGCUGUGACUAGCAGUUAGUUUUAAGGCUCAGGAAUUACCCAAAUCAUAUUUUCCAUCCAUUUUUAUAGAAGUCUAUUUUCUUAAAUGCCAAUGAAAUUUAAAAUAUACAUUUGAUAUACAGUUGGCCUUCCAUUUUCUGAGCGUUAGAAAACACUAUUUACUUGUACUUGAGAGAACGCCUCUCUCUGAAUCUCUACUUUCUCCAGUGCAACUUGAUGGUUGACUUCUGCCAGUGGUUGACCAGGGAGUAACAUUGUAGGACCUAGAAAUGCUUAGAGAAGUGUUCCCUCUAGAAAUCUCUAGGUCCAUGGGUUUUACUGUCAGGAAAAUUGUAGUCCAGGUAGUACUACAAAUAUUCAGUCUAAAUUGUGCAAAGGAAGCUGUUAAAUACCACUUACUCAAACUCUGUAGAUAUGUAUUGAGUAGCACAACUGACUUUACAUUACUACAAUAAUACUUUUACAUAUAGGCCUAUUUUUUCAUGUUGCCAUUCAAGGAUGAAUCAGGUCCUGUCUGGGAACUUAGUAAAACACAGUUGUUAUCAUUUUAAAAUUACAAAAAAAUAUUGCAGUCUUUUUUUAAAAAAAAAAAAUCAACUGUAAGUUUGGUCAAAUGUGUUUACACAGUUAUCUUUUAUGAAAAAAGUGCCUUAAUGUAUAUUAUACAUUUAGAAUUUAGUUGUCCUGACCAAAGCCUUUGCUUAAUUUAUGUAAAAACACUUGACUGACAAUUUGUGUCUUUUGAAAUGAAAUUAUAAUAAUAAUUAAGAAGUUGAUUGCUUUGUUUCUUAGGGUUAUUAAUCUGAUGAAUAUUUUCUCAUGUGCUAAAUCAUUUAUGUCCUUGCACUUUCUCAUCUGAACAGAACUUUCUCUAAUUUCGUGUAUAUUUCUGCUGUUUGUCAGUGAAGUAAUUUCUCAAAAGUUAUGUUCCUAAUUAUAGCUGACUUAAUGAAAGUAGUCCUGCAUUAAUACAUACAAGUUACAACUAUCUUAGAUUGUAUGAAAACGUAUUUGUUGUUGUUUAUUGUCUCUAGGUACCAGGUUUUACUGAACCUGUUUUACCCAAAUACAUUCAAAACUGUGAUUUUUUUCCCCCUCUUGUUCAACCCAGCCUUCUGUUGAGCAUCUGAGCAUACUACUACUCAAAGCUAUUCAAUGAUAUUACUUGAAAAGUCAUCUGUGAUGGUUUUAUUAUGGGGCCUUUAUGGAUGAAGCCUAAGGGAUUUUAAAAAACUGAACAUGUGUACUGUGUAAAAUAGAGCUGUAUCUGUUUUGGGAUGCGAAUUAAAGAGCCAAACUAUA